UCGUCCACGACACUGAACUGUAGCUAUUGGGCUACAUGUUUUUUGACGUGUGUGUAUAUUUUGUGCUCCGAAGCAGAAAUUACAGAGGGUUUUCACGAUUCCGGUAGACUCAUUUGAAAUUUCCAGUUACUCCAGAUAUUAAACAGGAAUUAUGCAAACAUGGACCUGCACAUAAUCCUUGUUAUUGCUUGUGUGUUUUUAGCAUCUUUGAUUUCUUUAUUGGUUAUCCAUAAGUUUUUCCGUGGCAAGACAUUCGAGGAAGUGGCAGCUGAAAAACGUAUGUUGGCUGAAAAACUUUAUGGAACGAAAUCCAAACGAACGGGAUCAAGUUCGAAACGAUCAAAUGUGAAUCAAAAUACAACAAAGCCUACUAAACGAAAAAAUAGUAAUCCUAAAACGUCAUCUAACCCGGGCACUACUACCAAUAAAUCUGAGCCAAUUGUAGUUGAGGAAGAUUCCGAUGCUGAAUCUUUGAGUACUGUUGAAGAUAAUUAUUCAAAGGAAAUAACAGAAGUGGUAAAGAGAAACUUGAAGGAAGAGGCUCUUGAAAGUAGCAAAAUUCAAAAGGCACAACCCAAAGAGUCGAAGAAAACUAAGCAAGCAAAGAAGGAUGCAUCAGCGACUACGGUUAAAGAUUCGAUCGAGAAGGUUGAAACCCCAUCGCACGAAGUUUCCAGUGGUCAUAGUAAAGAGGCGAAGCAGCCCGAUGAGAAACUAGCGAAGCAAGUCGAUUCACCCAAGGUUCAGAAUAAGCAGAAUAAACCGAAAAAGAAGCCUGAAGUCAGCACUCCACCAAUCCCAUCAAAGAAAGAUUACCCAAUACCAACUGUCAAUUCGGUCAUGUCUAUUUUGGGUCGAGCGGAAUUCACCCGAGGCGAAAUUCAAAUUCUUAUAGAUUACCUUCUAAACAAGCAACAAGACACUACCGCUAAUCACUCCGAAUGGAGUGACGAUAUUGUUCAGAAGUUACGUAAGAAGCUUGAAGAGAAAGAAAAAGCUAUCGAAGAAGAACAAGCCACCUCGGCUGGAAUACAAGCAAAACUUCGUGAGCUACGCACUACAAUCAACACUGAACGAGUUCAACACAAUGCGGCCAUCAAAGGUUACAUUGAUGAGAUCCAAGCCCUGAAGACGGAACUUCAAAACGGUACACAGGAUAUGAAUGAUCGCAUGGAAAAGCUCAAAGAGCAGUACAAUAUGCUUAAAAUGCAAAGUGAACAUUUCAACCCUCAACUGCUACUGUCUCAAAUAAACAACCUAAAUCAGUUCAAAGACAAUGCCAAACGGAAUGCUUUUGUUAAUCAAAUUCUUGAAAUACUGCAGCCCCAAAAUGACGAAUUGCUACAAUUGAAAAAUGAAAACAUGACUUUACGUAACGAUAUCCUACUUCUCAGUAAUCAGAAUAAAUCUCUCAUGAUUAAUUUCAAUGAUGCUGAAAAUAAGCUAAUAUGCCAGCAAAAAGAAAAUGACGACGAAAAAGCAAAUACACAGAUACAGAUCAAAAAUUUGCAAGCCGCAUUGGAUUCAGCCAAGUCGGAGAUGAUGGUAAUCCAAACCAACUCACAGAAUCACGUUCACAGCUUGAAUUCACAAAUCGACGAAUUGAAUAUGCAACUAGGCGUGGCAAAGAAUAAAUAUGUCGAUCAGGUGAGCGAGAUUAAUGAACUACGUACUGUUAUGAACAACUACAAAGCGACGAUACAAGAGAAGGACCAGAAACUUGCUGACUAUGAAGCGAAUAUCCGGAAUUUAGUUAACAAGGAAGACUUACUAAUGAAACAACUACAGGAGCAGAAAGAGAAGAAUAAUGAUUUGCGCACGAAGAAUUGGAAAUUGGUUGAAGCAUUACAAAAGGCCGAAACAAAAGCUGUUAACAAAAAUUUUAAUAAUGUAGUUCAACCUGUUCCACCAAUCACCAACUCAUCUAGCCACGAAGAUAGAUUAAGGGAAUUAUUACAACGCCUAUUUCCUGAUGCAGUGGCAUCUUCGGCGGGUUCGGCCCUGUCUUUGUCGUUCGACCAAUGGAUCGAACAAGUAAUAUCGACACACAUUAACGAAAUCGUUAAAAAGCAUCAAGCUGAGCUAAGUAAACAUAGUGAACAGCAACUUAAGCAACAAGUAGAACUCAACAAUGUUGUAAACAAAUCACCUAACGAUCACUAUAACACAUCUAGUAACCAUAAUGAAUCAAUAAAUAAUCAUAAAGUGCAUAGCAAUAAUGGCAAUAGUAACGAUGUUAUUUUAGAGAAUGCUCAACUGCGAGCGCAAGUAGCAGAAUUAAAAAGCGUAGUAAUAAAUACAGAGAACACACUAAAAAAUUUAGAACUACAAGCCCAAGAGCAGGAAUCAAAGUGGCGCACCGUGGUUAAAUUAAAGCAGGAUGAAUUAGACAUGUUAAAAACUUUAAAUAGACCAGAUGUUUAAUAUUCGCUAUGCAGUUAAACACUAUAAAAUCUUACAAUAUAUUGCCUUCCAAAUCAAUAAAAUAAGAAACAUGUUUAGUUACUUUUAAGGUAAAAGUACUUUCUCUUAAUUAUUAUUUAUAUCAUAAAAAUUUGCUUGUUAGCCCUUAUACAAUAUACUUAUUCUGCAUAAAGAAAACCUACUUAACGUUACUCAGUAUCAUAUCAUUUAUUUGAAAUAAUUUUCAUUGUGUAAAAGAAAAUCCUCAUACGUUUUCAAUCAAGGAAGAAAAAUCCCAAACAAGACGUAAUAAGAAAAAUAUAGACAAAACUAUUUUUAUAUGAUUUAGAAUAAAGAUAAAGAGAGUGAAAUUGAAACUGAAAAAGCAAUGAUGGACGCGAGUGUUUGUAGAAUGGGAAAACAUUCACGGACAACUGAUAACUGAUAGAUGGACGAGUUAAGUCAGAAUAGAAUAGUGAUAACAGUGCGGUUACAAGGAAAUCCGAUUAUUUUUAUCUUGAAACAAAUGGGAAAAAUAUAAAAACUAAUAGAAUUGCAAUGUAGUUUGCCGUUCAUGUGACCAAUCAUAUAUUUAAUGACAACACCAAAUUAGUACUGCUCUUGGCUGUCUUUUGAGAACUACUUUUCAAAAAAACUUUAUAAUUUAGGGGAAGUACACAUACACACGACGAUAUUCGCAGAUUUCAUCAUCAGUUAUCAUAGCAUUGAAUAUGUAAAUUUUGUAGGAACAUGGAAGUCUCACUGAUCCAAAAUAUUCAAUUGAUUCCGUUCCGAUAGAAACAAUCUAUUUUAUCUUUGUAGUUAGAUUUUUAUCUCUAUCAGUGUGUCAAGGAGAACAGUAUGGUGUUAAUCGGAUACAAAAAAGUUUAUUAAAGGAGUAUGCGUCUCCUUUCGAUUUUCUAAUUUUCCGGAGAACACACUUUUCAAAUACAUAGUAUUCUAGAUGCCAAAUUUUGAAGUGAUUUGUUCGUCCAAUACUGGUGAAGUAUUUGUGGUAUAAUGAUACAACGAGCUCAGAAUGGAUUCAAAGAAUCAGAAUUUUAAUUACUUUUACAGUUGGAUCGUUGUGAAGUGAAAAUUUAGAAAUCAAUACGCUAUUAAGCAAUAGAUUAAAACAUUGGAACUAGAACUAGUAGGAGGGUCAUUCGUUAACUCGACGUAAAAACAUGUUUUUUUAAACAUAAAUAUUAUCUACAUUGGUUAAUUUUCGACACAAUUAACGUUUUGAACCUCUUAAUUGAAAGGAUACCAACAAAAAAACAAAGGAAUGGGUUCAUUAAAAAGUGGUUAAUAAAUGACAACAGAAAUGUUCCAGGUUUUCCGUGUCGUCGGAGUUUGAGCAUUGCAACUACUCCAUAUUUUCAAGCAAAUUUUUCGACAUCAUUUCCUCCAAUAUAGAUGCAUUUGUUCCAAGGAUUAACCCAUUCCGUCCGGCUAACGCAACAAUUGCGCACAAGAGGACUACCUCUGAUACCGGCCUUAAUAUCUCGUAACCUACAGUAUGGAUAAGUUCUUGUGUUAAAAUUGAACAGUGUUAAGAUUUUUUUCUCCAAACCAAUUUGUCUCUUGAAUUAUUCGAUGAUCUCUUUAACUUUUAUCACAAAACUUCAGAUCUAAAAGGAAAAAAAUCAAUCACAAAGAAUAUAAAAAGUCGACUGUUUCAAGCGAAAAUCCCGCUGUCGUUAUUAGCCAGGUGAAAGCCUAGAAGAAUAAUAUAAGUUGUAAGAAGUUCUUAGACUGAAACUCGAUAUUGAAAAUAAAAAAAAGAGCAAGGAAAUAUAUCCGGAUAUCAUCCCACAUCUAUUUUGUGAUUAAAAUUAAAGUUUGGAAGUGUAUUCACUAUACAUAUGUAUAUCACAACAGAUAAAAAGUAAUUGAUAGUCACCUCCCUGAUAUUAUGGUCCCUUUUUCGCUGUGGCUUAUAUUUUCAAUUUGUUUGUUGAGUAAGAGAUUAGGUUCAAUUAUCGGACUAUGAAUUUUCCCGUUGUGUCGUUUUAAAGAACCCCGAAGUAAGUGAACAUUCUUUGUAUGCAGAUCCGUCAACAGAAGAGUGGAAUAGGUAAUUCUCCCCCGUACAUGGAGUUUUCUGGGAGCCUGGAAUAGAGACUUUAACAAAGUUGGAUUGAUUGUACAAUUUCGAGGGAGGCUUGCAUAAUUUAUACCCCGGACCUGAGUUUUCUCAAGGAAUGAUUUUGUAUGAAGUAUAAGGGGUGUUCCCCAACAAGCAAAGAAGAGUAAGGCCAUGUGGAGUAUCAAAUAAAAGGUCUCGAUUAGUACUUUAAGAAGCAGGUCGCAAAUUUGACACCGGUUGCAGAAGAGGGGAGUGAUGGGUCAAAAAUACAAAUUCUCAGACUGCCCAAUCGGGAAACCUGAAAAAAUAUGAAGAUUCUCUAUAUAAAAUCCAGUCGUCAAAAUACAUCUUACAUCGAUCUUUGUUCAAAUAAAGUUGAAAAUAGCUUAUUAUUGGACAACCUCCCUUAAAUUCAUUAGGAUGGACACAUUUUACAGGAGCAUAAAAACCACAAUAUAAGGCAUAACAUUUGAGUUUGAAAGGGAUCAUAUUAUUAUUAACAUAAGUUAUAGUGUGUCAAGUUUGCCUAUUUCGUGUGAGUUUACUAUACCCUAAGGCAGCAUAGAAAGCUAGUAUCACAUUGAAAUUAAUAGUCUGACAUUAAAUUCAUAAACACUAUCAUCUAUUAGCUAUGUGUAAAUGGAAUCGUCAUGUAAUGGAAUAUUCUCAAAUACGAAAUACACAAAAUUGUUCAUACCUGAAGCGCCGAACUUCCGGUAUGAAAGUAAAUAUGAUCUUCAUCCCAUGGAUCCGAUUUUCAAUUAAUAGCAGUUUGUAUUCCUCCGAUUGAGGUCAAUCGACAGAAUGCGAAGUUUAAACUUAAUUCGACUAUGUAGCUUCAAUAUGAAUAUAGAGUUGAUCUCUCAAUCUGCCCAAAUUGCCAUGUCCUUCGUUUAGAUGUCCAUUUAUGUCAUGAGUGCUUGUGUAUCUUUUGAUCUAUUUACCGCCCUCGGAUCUUCUUACUUGCAUAGGAUAAUAGCAACGACAAAGGAAUCAAUGGGAUGCGUGCUUCAUGUUUUGAACUGCGUGUAACCGUGUCAAUUUUAUGUUUUAAUUCAUUUCUUCUAAUCUAGCGUAAAAUUUGGUUGAUUUUUAAUGAAUUUUUCAGGAUUAAAAAUUGUUCAUCCCUUUGUUAAGCUUAUCCCAUUAAAAACACAGCCCAUCAUGAAGAUUUAAUUAUCAUAAUCACUUAAAAUUGUGUUUAUAUUUUCUGUAUUACGGCCCUAGAGCGGAUGUGUUUUCUAAGAGGAUAUUGACCGUUAAAUGAGUUAAAAACUGUUUUAAUUGCAGUUAAAAAUUCAAUUGUUACAAUUUUUUGGUUGGAUUGGUCGAUUACUAGGGAAUCUCUUAAUUUAAAUGCCGUUCGGUAAUAUUCAAACCCUUUUUUGACCUUAUUUGCUGCUUUUAGGUAUUCAUAAAGGUUUAAAAAGUCCCAUGACUUUCACAAUCCUUCUGGAAUUAACGAAUUCCAAAACAUUGUCUAACCAUUUUCACCAAAUUUUAUACCUUAUUUAGUUCUGGUAAUGGUUGCUUUUACUUUCGCGUAUGCGAAAUUUUAGCCAAGAACUUUGGCUUGCUUCAAGGUUUUAGUUUCAGUAAAAUUACCCAAAUUCAUUUAAUGUUUUGAGUAUUUACGAUAUUCAUUGAAUCAGGAAUACUUUUCUGGCAAGUAAUGAUGCCAUAUCUAGAUUUGCAGCCAUGAAAGAUACAUUCGAAGAUUCAUGAAUAUAAAGUUCGCCCCAACAAGCUUAUUUGAGAUUAGCACAACCCUCAUCACUUCAAAGUAUAGAUGGUACGAUUCUCCCUAUUUGCAUUGGUUUUUUUCUCGCAUAAAACACAACACAAUCGAAUUAGUAAAGUGUUGUAAUGUAAGCCUUGUCUUCAAAAAUCUAAGGUCCUAACUUUGCCAAAUGAUAAAAGUAGAUGACUAUUUAAAGAAAAGAGCUGCAGUGGAAGCGAAACAUAUAUUUGGUCGAUCUCUUAAUUCUGUUUCGAUAAGACUUACUCAACCGAACUAGAGGAAUCAUCAUCUUGCAAAACUCAAAUAUUGUAAUCACUAAGUAAUCAUUAGAAUGUACGCCAUCAGACUAAAUAAUGGGCACUAAGCCACAGAAUGGACCUAUACAAUGACGGAUAACUAACAGCACGGUUGUGACUUUCUGAAAAAUAUAAAAAAAAAACACUUAUUGUAACCAAAAAUUCUAAAUGCAUUGACAAGAAAAUCGUUUUUCAUAUGUUCAUGAUCUAACGACACGAUAUGCACCAUUCAAGUUGAGUCAAUUCAAUUAUUUCUUGUUAGUUUCAACAAAUAUCCAUGUCUACUCAUUUUUUUAUUAUAUACCUUCGAUUUAUAAUUUUGAAUCAAUUCAUUCCUACGAGUAUUAUUAGCGUUUACAUACAUAUUUGGUGCAAUAAGUAAUAAACUUGCAAAUGAGUAAAAAUGGGAAUGUUGUAUAAAAUCACAAGACUAAAAAAAAAAACUUUGUAAAAAAUGAUACAAAAGAAAAACGAAAUGAUAAAUCCUAAAGGAGAAGAAAUAUGAAAACAAUGAAAUAUGGAAUAUAUAAAAAAUACUUUAAAAUAAUAUAUUAAUCGACAUUGAAAUAUUGUAACUAACUAAAACGAAAGAAAUUAAAUUGUAAUAUUAUUCGAAAUAAAAAAAGAUGUUUUUUAGUAAA